CAUCCCGGCGGCUGUCCGCAUCUGUAACCAGUUAGUCUGUCAUUAUACCACAUUGUGAAUGAAUUAAAGUAGAUAUAUAAAUUGUCAUGAACAUAGUUAUCAUCAGACAGGGUUCUGCUAUAGCUCAUGUAAUCAUUAAUGGACAUCACUUCAGAAUGUACGCUCAGAGGAGAGGAUUUCUCAUUUCUCUAAACGGCUGUUGUUUCCACUCCUCUCUCCUCGGUUCCCCUCCUCGACUCUUUCGCCCUCAUCUCCUGUGGGCGGGACUAGACGUGAGGCAAGGAGUCGAGGAGUGGAAACUGAGAAAUGAGAAAGGACUUAUUCCUUGACCUCUGUGUGAAAAGUCAUGGGUUUAAGGAAUAAUGGAUAUGUGUAUGGAAAGCCAACAGUGCCACUAUUUGCGCGUUUUUUUCUAAAAACACCCGUAUAUACGGGAUUAUUUAAAACAUGCGUAUAUACGGGCAUUUUUUUAUAUGAUAAUGAGCCCCUCCUGAUUUACAUAUCCACUAAGUUCAAAGUUUCUGUAACCAAUCAGUGAAGAGUAAAGCCAGAGCAAUGCAAAGUGUAGAUGAAAAGUUCCGGAUUUUUUGAGGCUGUGCUGUGAGUUGUAGGCUACAUUAGUACAGAUUGAGAGGACAAAGUAUUAAUUUGCCUUUGAAUAUAAUCAAUAUAUCAAUAUAACCUGCCUUCUUUGUCUUUUAAAAUAAUAUCUCCCGACCAAAGCAAUGUGUAGAUGAAAAGUUCCUGAAAUUGUGAGGCCGUGCUGUGAAUUGUACAUUAUUCCAGAUCGAGAGGACUAAGUAUUCAUUUGCCUUUUGAAUAUAGGCAUAAAGAAAUAUUUAUAUAACAAUAUUUCCCUGCUUUCAUUGUCUUUUAAAAUGAAAUUGCCUUAUUGUUUUGUCUAUAAGUAUAAUGAAUCCAAACUACUGAAGUGCUGUAACCUGCUUGUGGAGCAGUGGUUUAAGUGUGGGCCUGCCAACCCUGCCGACCCGGGUUUGAAUCUUUGCGAAAACUUGUUUUAUCUCCAGUUUUUUUUAUUAUAUCUUUAAGAUCACUUGCAGUCUUUGUAUGUAAUGCAACUUAUUGCAAGGUCUGCUUUACCUUAACUGCACCUGCUGCUUAGCAACAGCUGUCUGUUCUCCAGAGUUUUGAGGUGCUACUCUGUCUUCUGCAUUCAUGUUUCACAGCAACAAAAUGGGAAGAUACGGCUCGAGGAGUGGACACAGAUAAGGAAAUAUAUAUUAUGAUGUGAUUGAAUGAAAAAAAGGCGACACAUCGGCGUCUGCAGUUACAGUACCAUGGACUGUACGCAAUGCUCUGAGUUACUUUGCUCUGGUUAAUUAUGUCUUGGCAGAUAUUGAAGUAAGCUUGCUUGCUGCAAAUGUAAUAAUGUGAUAUUCUAUACAUUUUCACGUUCACACAGUAUGUGAUUUUUCCCGGCCGUCUUUCCUUUAUACAGCAGUUUAAACUGUAUUUCCUUUAUCCUGUAAUAUGAUUUGACAGCUUGACACUCUCCACACAGCGCUCUGAUUCGUUAGCGGGCUGUGAGCUCCGAAUUGUGUUGGAACCAGAAGUUAAACAAAUGUGCAGGGCAGCUUCAGGUAAGAAGUUGUAUAAAUAGGAUGGCAGUAUCAUCGAGGAGCAGCAGCAGCAGCAGCAAAAGAAGAAGAAGCCGUUUCGUGUAUUGGUGGUAGUUGUGGAAUAAUAGAAAAAUGUCCAUGAGAAACUUCAUCAUACGUUGCAAAAGGACAUUAACUGACUGCACAAGACUUCUUCAAACAGAUGCUGGUCCUGCAGUGGUACAAUACACAAUAAUGAGGUAAGAAACCAUGGAAAGGAGCCUCGAGUGGUCACGGGGCAGCUGAUCUUUUACUUCAGGACCUUCGGGAAUAUAUACUGGAAGUCCGGAGAUCUUGGCCUAUCACACCCGCACAACAAGGCAGUUCCACAUGAUGCGCUCUGGGACAUACUCCACCAUCUCAAAUGCUGCACUAGACGACCUCAUCAAGGAGAUAGCCGCUGGGAAUGACCAGAUUGGCCCUGAAUCUGUCGGGGCACAGCUGAAGGCCCAGCAGAUGUGGAUACAGAGACGCAGAGUGUGGGACAGCAUGAAGCGGACAAACCCAGAAGCAGCUGCACUACGAGCAAUGUCACAGAGACUGCACCGUAGAGCAUACCAGGUUGCGGGACCUAACUCCUUGUGGCACCUAGAUGGGAACCACAAAUUAAUAAGGUGGAGGAUUGUCAUUCAUGGGGGUAUAGAUGGCUAUAGCCGUCUUGUCGUCUUCCUCCGGGCCUCAGACAACAAUAGAAGCAGCAUCGUGAUGGCCAGCUUCAUGGACGCGGUGGCCACGUAUGGUGUGCCCUCGAGGGUCAGAACCGACCAUGGGGGCGAAAACAACUCCGUCUGCUUAAUGAUGAACAUCUUCAGAGGCUCUCACAGAGGCAGUGCUCUCUGUGGAAGAAGCACUCGCAACCAGAGAAUAGAGCGGCUCUGGGGUGACCUGUGGCGAGUUGUUAGCAAUGUCUAUUACGACUUCUUCAACUUCUUGGAGAGUGAAGGCAUAAUACACAUAGACAAUGAAAUGCCCUGCAUUAUGUCUAUCUCCCACGCAUAAACUGUGACCUACAGGGUUUUUUGGACCAGUGGAAUAAUAAUGGUUUGAGGACCGAAAGACACCAGAGUCCCAUACGACUUUCCGUCCCAAGGUUGCCUGGAACGGCAAGGCCUGACCACUUCUGCCAUGCAGAGCGUCUUUGGUGGAGGACAAGGAGAUGCUCAGGAGGAGCCAGAAAGAGAGGGUGGAGCUGAUGCAGAGGAUGUUGUAUUGGACUGGCCAGAGAGGGUCACUGUUCCUCCAAACCAGCACCUGCUAAGAGAUGAGGACAUGGAGCAGCUCACCGCACAGUUUGAUCCUCCUGCUGGUCGUAGAGAAGAUCUUGGACUGGGCAUCAUCCGAAAUAUGCUGUCAUUCAUGGCAACAUUAAAUGCUUUUUGAUUUCGUCACGGACAUGGUUCAACACACAUUUGACAGCGGCUCCUCCGCAGGCUGUUCUUUGCACUUUGAACUCAGUCAUUGCAUUAAAAAUGAAAAUACUUUCCACAAUGUUUUAGUGUGUAGUAUGUCUAUCCUAUGUUUUUAUAUUUUAGUUGUAGUAAUUUGUGUGGGUGUAUAUAUGGAAGUGUAUUUUAAUACAUUUUUAUUAAAUAAAUGACAUUGUAUAAACAAUGGUCUCUCAUCGAUGUCAUGACAGUUACUACGCCUGCUUGUGGCCUCCACUUUGCCAUGGUGACUGGGCUUCUUAUAGUCAGGACCAUUUGGAUGUCUUUUCAACAAAUAAAUGUACCAGAUAACGGUGUUGACAUUGA